AUGCAACGCAAUCAUAUAUCUUCCAAGCACUCCAUACUAAAUAAUAAUAGCCAAGAAUUGCAACAGACAACAUCAAUUUUGUAUUUGAAUUUUUCUUUUUUAUUUUUUUUUCAGAGUCCCGACAUAAAAGUUUUUUUCAAUUUGCCGGAGUCAUGUGAAAAUGCACCUAAGGAUGCUGUGGAUUUUAUAAAGCCCACAGUCGAGAGUCUUCCGUUGGUAGCUUCAUUGGAUUGUCAAAAUUUUCUACCAUCUGAAGUAGCUGAUUUGCCACAUGAAGGCAAGGAUGUUUUGAAACGUCUCUUAGAAGUUGAUCCAAAACUUCGUUUGCGUUCUGUUUUGGGAUUGCAGAAAAUCGCUCUUUAUCAACAUUUCAAAAUAAACGCAGAGUAUUUAUUAAGUGUAAAUCCACUUGAUAUUAUGGAAAAGGAUAACAUUCCAGUAUAUAAAGGCAACUGUUAUGAAGAGACUUCUAGUGCCAUAGCAACAAAAGCAUUCCAAGAUUUUUAAAUCUUUGAAUCUCAUCUCUUUUAUUUUUAUAGUUUCUUUUUAGCAAACAAUAAUAG